UUGCAAUAACCGCGCUUUUGUUGUGCUUUUGGGAAAUCUGCUCUGACGAAUGUAAUAUUAUUUUAUUUUAGCAUUUAUUUUACUAACUAAGAUAAUGGAUUUUUUAGAAUAUCCGGAGAUUUUAAAGGAAGAAAAAGGGGGAAUGAUACCUGGUCGGCUCAAACUUACAAACCAGACUAUCAUUUUUAAAAGUAACAAAACUGGAAAAGUUGAUCAAAUCCAGGCAUCUGAGAUUGAAAGUAUAAAAUGGCAAAGAUUGGCAGCUACACAAGGGUUGCGUAUCUUUCUUCAGAAUGGAACCAUGUAUCGUUUUGGAGGUUUCAAUGAAAACGAUCAUGAUAAGCUAGGAAAAUUUUUCCAAGCUAAUUAUGAAAAAGAAUUGAAAACCAAAGAGAUGUGCCUGAAGGGAUGGAAUUGGGGAACAGCAAAAUUUCAAGGUGCAGUUCUUUCUUUUGAUGUGGACAAAUCAACUGCAUUUGAAAUUCCUCUAACAAAUGUUUCCCAUUGUACAAGUGCUAAAAGUGAAGUAACAGUGGAAUUUCAUCAAAACGAUGAUGCUCCUGUUUCCUUAAUGGAAAUGAGAUUCCAUAUUCCAACCGACCCAAUGUCUUCUAUUGAUCCUGUGCAGGCCUUUGUAGAUAACGUUCUCUCUAAAGCAAGUAUUAUCCAAGCUACUGGAGAUGCCAUUGUCACAUUUAAAGAACUGCAGUGUCUUACCCCAAGAGGAAGAUAUGAUAUUAAAGUUUUCCCAACUUUCAUUCAACUUCAUGGCAAGACUUUUGAUUACAAAAUACCAAUUACAACAAUAUUGAGACUAUUUCUUUUACCUCAUAAAGACAAUCGACAGAUGUUUUUUGUACUUAGCUUGGAUCCUCCAAUCAAACAAGGACAAACUCGUUAUCAGUUUUUAAUCUUGUUGUUUAGUAAAGAAGAAGAAAUAACUGUAGAUCUAAGUCUUUCGGAAGAAGACAUCAAAGAAAAGUAUGAAGAUAAACUUCAGAAAGAAAUGUCAGGUCCAACUUUUGAAGUCAUUAGCAGAGUCAUGAAAGCUAUUGUUCAAAGAAAGAUUACAGUUCCCGGAUCUUUCAAAGGGCAUAGUGGUACACAAGCUAUUACUUGCUCAUACCGCGCUGGCAAUGGUUUACUAUAUCCAUUAGAGCGAGGCUUAAUAUAUGUACAUAAGCCACCAGUACAUAUUAGAUUUGAUGAAAUAGCAUGUGUGAACUUUGCAAGAAGUGGUGGAAGUACACGAUCAUUUGAUUUUGAAAUAGAAAUAAAAACAGGCUUGGUUCAUACAUUUAGCAGUAUUGAAAAAGAAGAAUAUGGACGUCUAUUUGACUUUGUAAAUUCCAAAAAACUACGCAUUAAAAAUUGCAACUUGGGAUUGAGUACAAAAGAGAAGCCAACAUACAAAGAAGAUUUGGUGGAUUCUGAUGAAGAAGAUGAACCCGAUGCAUACUUGCAACGUGUUAAAGCUGAAGGCAGGGAGCGUGAAGAAGGUGGUGGCUCCACUGAUGAAGAAUCAUCUGAUGAGUCCUUUGCACCUGAGGAGAGUGGAAGUGAAGUUGCUGAAGAAUAUGACAGCAAUCCACCUACUAGUUCAGAUAGUGAUGAUGAUUAUGAAGGAUCUGACAAAAGUUCUGGAGAUGAGUCAGAAGCAGAAGCUGCUCCAAAAAAAGUAAAAGAGAAGAAGCCAAAAGAAGUUAAAAAAUCCAAAAGUGCAAAGACGGUGAAAGAACCUGGUAUGCGAAAGAAAAGACAAAAGAAGGAAAAAGAUGAAAACAAGCCCAAACGCCCUCCUUCAGCGUACUUCUUAUUUUUGGGUGAUAUGCGAGAAAAAAUUAAAAAGGAUAAUCCUGGAAUAUCUAUAACAGAAAUUACUCGAAAGGCUGGAGAAAUGUGGAAGGAAGUAGCAGACAAAAGUAAAUGGGAAGAGAAAGCAGCUGAGCUCAAAAAGCGAUAUGAGGUAGCAAUGGCUGAAUACAAAGAAAGUGGUGGAGGAAAAGUAUCAAAGGAGAGUAAAGAACAAAAAACUCCCAAGAAGGAUAAGGACAAAAAAGCAUCUCAGGCUACAAAAUCUCCAACUAAAUCUCCCGGUUCUUUCAAAAGCAAGGAAUAUAUUAGCAGUAGUGCAGACAGUUCUGAUAGCGAAGACAAGCCAUUGAAGAAGAAAAAAGAUUCAGAUUCUGAUGAUGAUAAGAUGGAAAUUGAUGAAGGUGCUUCUGAUAAUGAAUCUGGGUCUGAUUAAAGGACUUGAAACUCUUGUAAAUAGUGAAGUUGUAAUCUAAUUUGUCUCAAUAAAACAUUCUUUUGUAUA